AUGGUCGAGUGUCGAUUGUCGGAUGUCGGACUUGAUGAGUCUGUGGUGAAUGAAGCAAGAGAAUUGAUAAGUUUACCUUGCGACAUGGAAGUCGGAAUGGAAAAUUACAAGGUCAGGCUCAAUAAGAAAAAGCAGACUGGUCAAGUUGUUGAUCUCGAGAAUCCAGCCUGGGUAAUAUGCUGCAGAGAACACAUCGAUAUUAUUGCUGGCUCUCCACAUCUGCUUGAAACCCUCCGCCUUGCAGCUGGACUGGUAUCAUUUCAAUCGAGUCCUUCGCAUAAAUCUGAUCAAAGAGAGGAAAACUUGAACGCAAAGGCAUGUUCACUAGGAGCUAUACUUUUACCAACAGAGCGCCUGACAUGA